CACCUAACACUGUUGGACUGACUCUCCAGAUUGGCACCGUCUCUCUCUCUCUCUCUCUCUCUCUCUCUCUCUUUAGCGUUUCGGCUCUCUCUCUCUCUCACCCCUCUGCCUGCUGCAUCGAACCAAUCCACCCCGAUCGAUAAUCCAGUCCUCUUCAUUGUCCCUGAUCACACUGAAGGUUAGACAAUGGCUGAUGCUCAUAUGGCUGAGUUUGGGACAGCUGCCAGCUUCCUAAGGAAGUCAGAUAAGGAGAGAUUACAGGCUCAGACUGUCCCAUUCGAUUUGAAGAAGGACAUCUUCGUUCCGGACCCUGUGGAGGAGUUUGUCAAGGCGAAAAUCACCAGCAGAGAGGGAGGCAAGAUCACCGCAGAUACUGAAAAUGGAAAGACCGUGGUGGUGAAGGAAGACAGCAUCCUCAAUCAGAACCCUCCCAAGUUCGAUAAGAUUGAGGACAUGGCCAUGUUGACCUUUCUGCAUGAACCAGCUGUCCUCUACAACCUGAAGGAGCGCUACGCUGCCUGGAUGAUCUACACAUAUUCCGGAUUGUUCUGCGUGACCGUGAAUCCCUACAAGCUGCUGCCGGUCUACAGUGCACAGGUGGUGAAUGCUUAUCGUGGCAAGAAACGUUCAGAAGCUCCUCCCCAUAUCUUCUCCAUCUCGGACAACGCCUAUCAGUACAUGCUGACAGAUAGGGAGAAUCAGUCCAUCCUGAUCACUGGAGAAUCUGGUGCUGGGAAGACGGUGAACACCAAACGGGUUAUCCAGUAUUUCGCCAGCAUCGCCUCCGGGAGCUCUGCCAAGAAAGAUGCCAUCGCCAGCGGCAAGGGUACGUUGGAGGAUCAAAUCAUUCAGGCCAACCCCGCCUUGGAGGCUUUUGGAAAUGCCAAGACUCUACGCAAUGACAACUCUUCGAGAUUCGGAAAAUUCAUCCGGAUUCACUUCGGAGCGACCGGGAAGCUGGCGUCGGCUGACAUCGAGACGUAUCUCCUGGAAAAGUCCCGGGUUAUCUUCCAGUUGAAGGCUGAGAGGAAUUAUCACAUCUUCUACCAGAUCCUGUCCAACAAGAAACCAGAGCUCCUGGGUAGGUCCGAGG